CACCACUGUCGAACGCCGUACUGCCGAGCACCCUACCGUCGAGCACCACUGCCGAGGGCUUCUGCCGAGCACCUUUGCCAAGUGCCGCUGCCGAGCGCCCAUCAUCGAGGGCUGCCACGCCGAGCACCCUCGUGCCGAACACUUUCCAAGUCGAGCUCUGCCACACCAAGGUCCCGAGCCAAGCACUCCAUAUCGAGCAUCCUACGCCCAACACUCAAUGUCGAGCUAUCAAGCAAAAUUAUUUGUCGAAUAUGUGAUGAAAUUGCAUGGGGUGCCGCGACCAAUUGUGUCCGACCGAGAUCGGAUAUUUAUGAGUAGUUUUUGGUCAGAGUUCUUCAAAUUGCAGGGAACCGAGCUAAACAUGAGCUCGUCAUACCAUCCACAAACCGACGGACAGACGGAAGUCACCAAUCGCACGCUCGAGCAGUACCUUAGGUGCUAUGUGCAUCAAUUUCCAAAGCGAUGGGAGGAUUAUUUACCUUGGGCCGAGUAUUGGUAUAACACCACUUACCAUAGCUCGACUAAGGCAACGCCGUUCGAGUUGGUGUACGGGCGCAAACCGCCGACGAUCGUGAGUUACUCGAUGGGGAGCGCCGUGAACGACGAGGUCGAUCGAGAGUUGGUGGAACGAGACUUGAUGUUGCGCGAGCUAAAGCGGACGUUGGAAGGCUCGAUCAAUCGGAUGAAGGCGUACCAUGAUGGCAAGUGGCGUGACGUAGAGUUUGAGCCCGGGGACUGGGUAUACUUGAAGUUGAGGCCAUUUCGACAAAGGACGGCCGCGCAAAGGGCCGCGACCAAGCUCGGAGUUCGAUAUUACGGACCUUAUAAAAUUUUGGCCAAGGUUGGGAAGGUUGCUUAUCGACUUGAGUUGCCGGGCGAUUCCCAUAUUCAUCCGGUCAUACACGUCUCGCAACUCAAGCAACGACUCGGCGAGGCGCAUACGGCAAAGGAUCGACUACCCGCGGUCGCGCCGGACGGGCAGGUUAUUGUGCGGCCUAGCCGCGCGAUGGAGUACCGACAAGUCAAAAAGGCUGGGAAAUAUUUUUGGGAGGUACUUGUCGAAUGGGAGGACUUACCGAGCGAGGAAGCCACGUGGCAAAGUUGGGAAGAGAUGCGCGAGAUGUUUCCCGAUUUCUUCCUUGAGGACAAGGAAGCACUUGAAGGGGACGGGAAUGAUGAGAACACCGCAAGAAGAUUAAAGAAUGCUGCGCGCCGCGCUUAUCAUGCACGAUGGAGGUUAAGCCGACGGGUUGCCCAGGCCCAACUCAUUAGCGGACAUGCGGGCGCGGACGGUGACGUGCGCAAGAAUCUCGGCCAAAGGUGCAUUAGCGCGGGUACGAACGAGGAGGUUCACGCGCGAGCAGGCCUAACCACGCAAGGAGUAGGGCGCGCGAGGGCAGCACGCGCGCAAUGGCGGCUUGAAUCGCAAGCAAGAGAUAUUCUAGAUAUUUAUUUACUU